UGUCGCGGCGACGGCGUCUGCUCCUAGUAUGUUACGCUAGGUGCUCGACUUUUGGCGCAUUGCUGGCGCCUCAAGUGCUCCAGUGAUUGCAUUUGUGCACCAGACGAUCACUUGUUCAAGCCACUUGCACGCCAUGAUCCAUGCGCUCCUCCUCUCCACGCUGCUCGCAUCGGCAGGCGCCCUGCGCCCACGCACGGUGAUUGUCACUGGUGCCACUGGCAAGACCGGCCAAGCUGUCGUGCGAGAACUGCUCAAAGACGACCAGACGACGAUCCGCUGCUUUGUGAGGAACGAGACGAAGGCAAAGGAAGUGCUACCGGAGCACCCGCGCGUGCGCAUCGGACCGGUGGAUCUCGAGGACCCCGAGAACGUCGAACAGCGGACGCUGGACGGCGACGCCGACGCAGUGGUCUGGUGCGCGACUGGCCUGGCCUCCGACGGCUCGACACUCAUUGAUCAAAUAUCGCUGCCGACCCUGGCCAAGGCGCUGCCCAAGGUGUCCCGGGACGCGCCUCCGAACUGCGUGAUGCUCUCGUCGGCCGCUGUUACAAGGCCGGGCUGGUCGUCGCGCAAGCAGAAGAAAUUCGAGCGGAGCUACGACAUACCUAUUGUUCGUUUGAACCCGGCGGGGAUCCUGGGCAAGAAGCUCAACGCCGAGAAGAAGCUGGCGAGGGCGACGCCGGCGUUCUGCGUCGUCCGGCCCGUCGGGCUCAACGACGACUGGCCGCGCGGCCGGCCCGUGUUUUCGCAGGGCGACGUCGCGGUCUGUGUAGAAUACAAAAUUUCACGACGCCUUCACGUCGCGUCGACCUCUACGCCAUCGAUGCGACGCUUGCUCGAUAGCGUGGCGGGUGCACGACACACUGGUUGAUUCCGCACAGGUCGCGGUCGGCCGCUCGAAUCGGGAGGACGUGGCUGCUGUCCUCGUUGCUGCUUUGGACGCGGCGGACGCUAGGGGCAAGACUUUUGAGAUGGCGACGUUGAAGGGCUACCCCCCACCCUCGUCGUAUGACGACGCGUUCGGGGCGCUCGCGUACACGCCGUCGCGGCGCGCCACGGCCGCGACCUACGCGCUCGUGCAGCAGCUUCUGCCCGGCGUCGAGCAGGACCCGACACGCCUGGAGAUGGGCCGGCGCUACGAAGAGGUCGACAGCGGUGCCGUCGACCGCGAACGGGGCGCGGCGGCGACGGACCGCGAGAAGGCCGUCGCGGCGGGCGCGGCCGAGGGGAUGAAGUCUUAACAACA